UAACUCGAACCACCGAAUCGGUAGCAACUGUUUAAUAAACGACAAGCCAGCGCCGGCAUUUUCACCCUGGGUGGAGAUCUCUCCUUUCUCUAGAGAAGACAGACCGUAACCCAAAAUUACGGUUUUGACCCUCCAGUCCCAAAUGGCCGUGUCAAGCUGUGCUAGGGUUUUCCCGUCCUUCGAGUGCCGUUCAGAUCCCGACUUUUCCGGCGUUCCGCGACCGCAGAAGCCGAGUUCCGGCCGAUUCUCCGGCAAGUCCAACUCGUCACUGAGCCAUGGAUCGUUCGUUGUACACGGUCUGUCUCUGAUCUUUAGGUUUCCUCCGAAUUUUGUGAGGCAGCUGAGCAUCAAGGCUCGGAGGAACUGCAGCAACAUAGGCGUGGCUCAGGUCGUGGCCGCUUCGUGGUCGAACAAUCAGGCGGCUGAUGGUGUGACGGCAGCUGCUAAAGCAGCCGCCGCCGCAGCCGUCUCGCCGGCUGAGAUUGUGGCCGUUGAUGAGAAGGUGGUGAUGGUUGACAAUAGUUAUUAUAAUAGCAAUGGUGUACAGUUAGAGGGUUCGGCCGAUGUCAAGGCGGCCUCAUUUUUGAGCUCCGAUGGGAGCAUCGCAGUUCAUGCCGGUGAAAGAUUAGGUCGCGGCAUAGUUACUGAUGCAAUAACUACCCCAGUAGUCAAUACAUCUGCCUACUUCUUCAACAAAACUUCUGAGCUCAUUGAUUUCAAGGAGAAACGCCGUGCAAGUUUUGAAUAUGGGCGCUAUGGAAAUCCAACUACAUUGGUUGCAGAGGAGAAGAUAAGUGCACUUGAAGGGGCUGAAUCAACACUGUUGAUGGCAUCUGGAAUGUGUGCUAGUACUAUUAUGUUGAUGGCAUUGGUUCCUGCUGGUGGUCACAUCGUGACAACCACAGAUUGCUAUAGGAAGACUCGGAUAUUUAUUGAAACCAUUCUCCCCAAAAUGGGUAUCAAGGCCACUAUCAUUGAUCCUGCAGAUAUUGAAGCCCUUGAAUCUGCACUGGACAAGAACAAAGUCACUCUUUUCUUCACUGAGUCUCCAACUAAUCCAUUCUUGAGAUGUGUUGACAUUGAGUUGGUUUCAAAGCUUUGCCAUGCAAAGGGGGCACUUGUCUGCAUAGAUGGAACAUUUGCAACACCUCUCAACCAAAAGGCCCUAGCCCUUGGGGCUGAUCUUGUUCUGCACUCUGCAACAAAAUUCAUUGGGGGCCACAAUGAUGUCCUUGCAGGUUGCAUUAGUGGUCCUCAGAAGUUGAUUUCAGCAAUUGGUAACUUGCAUAAUAUAAUGGGUGGUGCUCUCAACCCCAACGCUGCUUAUCUGAUCAUCCGAGGCAUGAAGACACUGCAUCUUCGUGUACAGCAACAAAAUUCAACAGCAUUAAGGAUGGCCAAGAUUUUAGAGGCACAUCCAAAGGUGAAGCGCGUCUAUUAUCCAGGCUUGCCAAGUCAUGCAGAAUAUGACCUUGCCAAGCGGCAAAUGACUGGCUUUGGUGGUGUGGUCAGUUUUGAGGUUGACGGAGACUUAAUGACCACUGCAAAGUUUAUCGAUGCAUUGAAAAUCCCAUACAUUGCCCCCUCCUUUGGAGGUUGUGAGAGCAUUGUGGAUCAGCCAGCAAUAAUGUCUUACUGGGAUCUUGAUCAAUCAGGGAGGGCCAAGUAUGGGAUCAUGGACAACUUGGUUCGAUUCAGCUUUGGAGUUGAAGACUUUGAAGAUUUAAAGGCUGAUAUUCUUCAGGCUCUGGAGAAGAUAUAGGGCGGCUCGCCUGCGGUGUUUUCCUUUUUAAUAUAUAUAUAUAAUCGCGAAUAAUGUGAAUGGAAUGAUAAUGGGAGAAAUGUUUAGGGGAUGAAUCUUUCUACUGAUCAUUGGAAGUGAUUUUCCAAGACUCGGGUAUACCUUCUCAGGGCGUACACUUUUUCAGAGUGCCAAACAGGCAAAAUAUAUUGCUUCUGAUUUC